CCCUAAAUUCUUUCUUCAAUACUCAAUCCCCUCACCGCAUAUAUAUAUGUAUAUAUAUCUCCCUCUCUCCAUCUCCUCUCUUCCCUGUCGCUGUAUAUAUAAACACAAACACAUAUAUACAAGAGGUUGCUCCAUUUGGAAAUCAACAAGCACAGCGUCAUCCUCAUCACCUGAGACAUAAGUAUAAUAGAGAGAGAGAGGGAGGGAGGGGGAGAGAGAGAGAAGUAAGAAGGAAGAUGGUGAAGUUCUCGAAGGAGCUAGAAGCUCAGCUGAUACCAGAAUGGAAGGAAGCGUUCGUAAACUACUGGCAGCUGAAGAAACACAUCAAGAGAGUAAAGCUCUCCAGACUUCCUUCGCAAUCCCCUCAUCAUCACCGACCUUCCCUUCUCCAUCCACUUGGCUUCUUCUCCCAAAAGCCUCCCCAACCAGACAUCAUCCAGGUCAGGAGAAAAAUCAUGGACGGCACAGACGAUGAAGUCUAUUAUGAGACAGAGCUUGCCCAGUUGUUUUCUGAAGAAGAUGAGGUGCGUUUGUUUUUUGAGAGAUUGGAUGAAGAGCUGAAUAAAGUGAACCAGUUCUAUAAGAGGCAAGAAAAGGAAUUCCUGGAGAGAGGAGAAAUGCUCCACAGGCAGCUUCAGAUCCUUGUCGAUCUCAAGCACCUGCUCUCCCCCGACCGCCACCGGAAAAUUCCUCCGCCCUCAAAGCCCUCGGACGCCGCCUCUUUCCACCAUUUUCUGGCCCGCCACCCCGACUACUCCGAAGAUGAAUCUAAACUAGAAGCUUUGCAAACCAAUGAGAUGAAGGCAACAUUAGAGAAAAAUGGCGUAAGUUUUGUUAAUUCUGCCACCAAGGCAAAGACAAAGAAAGGCAAGUCUAAGAUGGCCAUGAGGAUCGAUAUUCCGGGAGCCGCCGGACCGGCACGGGCAAUAACGGCGGCGACCUCCGUGCUGUGGGAGGAUCUGGUGAACAAUCCGAUGACGGGAGGGUGCGUGGACAUCAAUCAGAAGAGAAGAAUCCAAUACGCAGAAAAAAUGAUUCGAGGAGCUUUUGUAGAACUCUACAGAGCACUUGGCCUUCUUAAAACAUACAGCUCACUCAAUAUGGUAGCAUUCUCAAAGAUACUCAAAAAAUUUGACAAGGUAUCUUGCCAGAAGACUUCAGAAAAUUAUCUAGCAGAAGUGAAGAGGUCCCAUUUCAUUAGUUCUGAUAAGGUUGUGAGAUUAAUGGACGAAGUGGAAUCCAUAUUCACAAAGCACUUCGCCGACAGUGACAGGAAAAAAGCCAUGAAGUUCUUAAGACCUCAACAGCAACACAAAGAUUCUCACACGGUCACCUUCUUUGUCGGGUUGUUUACCGGUUGUUUUGUAUCACUGUUCUGUGUGUAUGUAAUAUUGGCCCAUUUGAGUGGUGUAUUUUCUCCUACUUCAGAGGCAGCUUAUGUGGAUGCUAUCUAUCCUAUUUUCAGUGUGUUUGCAUUGUUAAGCCUGCACUUGUUCAUGUAUGGAUGCAAUUUGUUCAUGUGGAAGAGCACAAGAAUCAAUUACAACUUCAUAUUCGAAUUCCAACCAAAUACAGCUCUCAAGCAUAGGGAUGCCUUUUUGAUAUCCGCCACCUUCAUGACUGCUGUAGUUGGAGCAAUGAUCAUACACCUUCUUCUUAAGGCUGCCGGCUUUUCCCCCGGCCAAGUUGAUGAUAUUCCUGGAAUUCUCCUUCUGCUCUCUAUAGGCUUGCUCAUUUGCCCAUUGGACAUCUUUUAUCGCUCAACCCGCUAUUGCUUCCUUCGUGUUCUUCGCAACAUUGUGUUCUCUCCACUUUACAAGGUUCUGCUGGUAGAUUUUUUUAUGGCUGACCAGCUAACUAGUCAGAUUCCAUUGCUAAGGAGUUUGGAAACCGCAGGCUGCAACUUCGUUGGCAGAGUUUUCAAAACAUACCCACCUGAGACCUGCUCUUCUGGAAAGCUAUACGUGGAAAUAACUUACAUAAUCUCAUUCUUGCCUUACUAUUGGCGUGCUAUGCAAUGCGCAAGACGAUGGUAUGAUGACAACAAGAUAGACCAUUUGACUAACAUGGGAAAGUAUGUAUCAGCAAUGGUGGCUGCUGGGGCUAGAGUCACCUAUGGCAGGAAAGAGGAUCAUCUAUGGUUUGCUAUAGUCUUGGUGACAUCUGCGGUGGCCACAGUUUAUCAGUUGUACUGGGAUUUUGUCAAGGAUUGGGGGUUUUUAAAUCCCAACUCCAAAAACCGCUGGCUUAGAGAUGACCUCAUCCUAAAGAACAAAAGCAUAUAUUACUUGUCUAUGGCCUUGAAUGUGGUUUUAAGAGUUGCUUGGGUUGAGGGUGUUCUGCAUCUCAAAGUAGGACCUGCUCGAUCCCGAUUGCUAGAAUUUUGGUUAGCUUCAUUGGAGGUUAUUCGAAGAGGGCAUUGGAAUUUCUACAGGUUGGAGAAUGAACAUCUGAAUAAUGUGGGUAAUUUCCGGGCAGUGAAGGCAGUUCCAUUGCCAUUCAGGGAGACAGAGUAUGACAAUUGAAGAGAUUUUCUAGUACAUGUAUAGAUAUCUCUCAGACAUUCUGACAUAAAUGGAACAAGGGAGGCAUCCCUAGAAGAGUGGCAAUCCUCACCAUUCUUCUGAUAUGCGAGCUGCAAGACAAGUGUGAAUAGGCACCAAAUAUGCCCAUUGUAAUGCCAAAAAGUGCACGUCAAAAUGACAUGAUCACUUGUAAAUUGGCCUGAUCCAGAUCAGCUUCAUUAGUCAAAGAAAGUUCUUUUUUAUUCUUCUCUGUAGCUUUUUUCCUCUACUUUCUCAUGUGUUCCAAUGAGUUUUGAAGAGAUUACAAGUUUGUGUCUAUCUUAUCUACUGUAGCCUUGAGAAAAAAAGAGGCAAGAAGAAACAAUUGUACAAGUUGCAGUUGGUAGAAAUAAGUUUGAUUCUAAUGAGUGAA